AUGGCCCUGUGGACACGCCUGCUGCCCCUGCUGACCCUACUGGCCCUCUUGGGGCCUGACCCUGCCCAGGCCUUUGUCAACCAGCACCUCUGCGGCUCUCACCUGGUGGAGGCACUCUACCUGGUGUGCGGGGAGCGCGGCUUCUUCUACACACCCAAGUCCCGCCGGGAGGUGGAAGAACAGCAGGGAGGACAAAUGGAGCUGGGCGGGGGUCCCGGGGCAGGCCUCCCACAACCCUUGGCGCUGGAGAUGGCCCUGCAGAAACGCGGUAUCGUGGAGCAGUGCUGCACCAGCAUCUGCUCCCUCUACCAGCUGGAGAACUACUGCAACUAG